UGUGGAUACUUAAUGAAUUCCUUUUCUUUUAAUUGCCGUCACAGAACUAUAUCGCUAAGAGUACUUCAUGCAGAUCAUCAUCAUUAUAUGCCAUAGAAUGAGUACAUAUAAUUAAAGAUCACAUUUUUAUAUACUGAACAUGUGAGUGUUUAAAAGAUAGCUCUUUCUAUCUUGGAUUGGUUUUGAAGUCACCAUCCUUCUAGUAGCCAAAAUACUGAAUAUAGGUGGUUGGAAUUGCUAAGAAGUUGUGAUCACUAUUUCGGAGGUAUUUUUUCUUGUGACUCAUAAAUUAUUUCUCUUAGUUCUCCACUAAUUUUUUAACCGCGGUUUGCAGAUGCAUAGUUCCGGUUCCAGUAAUCGAAUGCUUCAUAUCUGGUGUCGACGAAAGUGGAAAAUACACAGGAGUUUGCUCCCUUGGCUUGUCAUGGCAGCCAAUUGAAAAUUCUCAUCUGAGAGACUACUUCGGGAUGCGUCCAGAAAUGACUGGAGUUCUUGUAAGCAGCAUCAACCUUCUUUCAGAUGCUUAUAGGUUCCUCAAGAAGGAUGAUAUAAUCCUUGAAUUUGAUGGCGUGCCUGUGGCAAAUGACGGAACAGUUACUUUCCGGCACAGAGCGCGCAUUGCCUUUGAUCAGUUGGCAUCCAUGAAGAAGCCCAAUGAAGUGGCCUUAAUCAAAGUUCUUCGGAAGGAAAGAGAGUGUAAAGUCAAAAUAACCCUCCGACCAUUGCAACCUUUAGUUCCAGUACGUCAGUUUGACAAGCAUCCAAGUUAUUACAUUUUUGGGGGUCUGAUAUUCACUCCACUCACCCAAUCCUACCUUCACGAAUAUGCUGACCGGUAUAGAAUGUGGCCUCGGCGGUUGUGUCAACUUGCACGGGAGGAACUUCCAAGAAAUGCUGGCCAAGAAAUCGUUAUUAUUUCGAUGGUCCUGAGGGAUGACGUCAAUGCAGGGUAUGAACAUCUUGCAGAAUUACAGGUGAGGAAGGUCAAUGAAAUUGAAAUUCAAAAUUUGAGGCAUUUGUACAGGCUUGUGGAGCACUGCACUGCCCUAAGCAUACGAUUUGAUUUGGACAAGGAAAGGGUAAUUGUAUUCAAGUAUAGUGAGGCGAAAACUGCCACCUCUACAAUUCUGACGCAUUAUAAUAUACCCUCCAUUGCGUCGGCUGAUCUCAUAGCGUCGGCCGAUCUCAUUGAUAAAAAAGCAAGGAAGACUAGACGGAAGCCUAAAGCCAGAUUUGGUGCAUCAUAAGAGCUUUGCCUUUUCUAUGGAUUCUGAUUCACUUAUUGUUCUACUUGAUGUGUGAUGAGUUAGUCAAUAAUUAAUAGUGGAAACUGUUCUAGCGAAGGACCUCGGCUGAGGGGAGGAGGAAUUGUGGUUUAGCGACCAGCCGGAGAGGAGAGUGUCGAAUUAUUGGAAAUGGUGGAGGACGGAGAGUGAAGGUGGAUCUUUACAUUUAUUGGCAAAUUGAGUUUAUACUAAAGGGCAUGAUUGUCAUUGUAUUGCUUUAACCCUAAACCCCUAUGUAUACAUUGUAAAUUACUUCAUCAAUGCAAGUGAGUUCGCUCAAUUUCUACA